GCCUCGGCCGGGCGGAGCAGAGGAGGAGGCCCAGGCCGGCCUGGAGAGUGUCGAGGCAGUGGGUCUCUACAGUAAAACUGAAAGAAAAGUCGAAAACUCAGGAAUGGCUGUGGAAGAGCUUCAGUCCAUAAUAAAGAGAUGUCAAAUCCUAGAAGAGGAGGACUUCAAAGAAGAAGAUUUUGGUCUCUUUCAGCUAGCAGGCCAAAAAUGUUUAGAAGAAGGGCACAUUGCUCAGGUAUUAGACAUUUUAGAAAAUGAGAAGAACAAGGUUAUCAUCAGGAGUAUGGGUUGGAAUCUUGUUGGCCCGGUUGUUAGAUGCUUUUUGUGUCAUAAAGAGGAAGCUGAUAAAAGAGAAAAAUGUUUGAAAAUGCUUGAUUUGCUGGUAAAGCUCUGUCAUCCGAAGGAGCUGCUUCUGGGUUUGCUUGAGCUGAUCGAGGAGGCCUCUGGCAGUCAGAUCUCUGAAGUCCUUCUUCUUUUACUCGACCCGCUACAGACAGUGAUUCACAAACUUCACAGCAAGAAGGCCCAUUCAGUCGGAUUAACUCUGUCAACGCUGUGGAGCCAGCUCUCUCUUCUACCCGUCCCUUACACAAAAGAACAAAUACAAAAAGACCAGCAUGGUCUGGUCCGGUGCUGCAAGGCCUUGGUCCCAUUUACUAGGCCUUUUGUGGAGGAAGUUGUUAAAAACAAAGGUCACUCCCUGGAAAACAGUCAGGAGGAGCUGAAGGCAGAACUCCUAAAGUUUUGUUUCAAAAGUUUGAAAUACCCCUUGCUGACAGCACAGUUCAUUGAAGUACUUGAAGAAAAUGAAGAAGAUCCUUUAAAAUCUUUUGCUUCUGAAAUAGUAGGCUUUAUAUUAGCAAUUGGAGACUCUCUGCCCAAGGUCAUUUUUCAGCACGGACGAAGGGAAAAGUGCUGGGAUAGCCCUGACUUGGAGGAAGAAGAAGGUAGCCAGUUGGCAGAGUCCAUGGCUUCACUCGCUUACCUCGUGUUUGUACAACGUAUCAGUAUUGACCAGUUUCCAUUGGUCUUAAGCCCAUUAUAUCUUCUGCAGUACAAUAUGGAACAUAUCGAAGUCCUCUUGAAAAGAGCAGAAGAAUCUGUGUCCUCAAAAGGAUUGGAUCUUCUGGAGAACAGCUUGUUGCGCAUGGAAGACGGCAGCCUGCUCCAUCAUUACUUAGAAAUCAGGAGCUUCCUCACUGUGCCUCAGGUAAAGGACAAGGUGGGGAGCAAUGGUAGGUGGAGGCCCUUCCCGCAUCCGCAGCUUCAGAAGCUGGUGAAAGUAAUGACCUUCUGCCCCAUUGAGACUUUGAGGAAAAAAGGUUUAAAAGUGCUGCAGCUGUAUAUAGACAAGCUGGAUUCCCAAGGCAAAAAUAUAUUAUUUAGGUGUUUAUUGAAGACAAGUAAUCAUGCAGGUGUGGAAGGCUACGUCAUUCAAAAUAUUAAAAAUCAGAUUGAUGCCUCGUUAAAGAGAGCAGAGGACAGAAAGUGGUUUACGGGACCCCAGCUGAUCUCACUUCUCGACUUUGUGCUCACACUUCCUGAAGGAGCAGAAACAGACCUACUCCAGAAUUCUGAUAGGAUCAUGGCUUCUUUGAAUUUGCUGAGGUAUUUGGCUAUCAAGGAUAAUGAGAGUGACAACCACACUGGACUAUGGACAGAACUUAAGAAGAUUGAGACAAAUUUCUUAAAACCACUACACACAGGACUUAAUAUGUCAAAGGCACAUUAUGAAGCAGAAAUUAAGAGCAAAAAAGAAAGCAGACGAGAAUCUUAUAAUCCUAAAAAUCUUUGCCCAGUAACAGUUGGUGGAGAGAAGAUUCCUGAUGUUCCUAACAUGACUCCUGAAAUGCAGCUUCAGGUUCUCCAUUCAGCUCUUUUCACAUUUGAUUUAAUAGAAAGUGUUCUGGCUCGAGUAGAAGAACUGAUUGAACUGAAAACAAAGCCUCCAUCUGAAGAAACAGCUCAGCUGAAAUGAAGCCUCCCUGCCUCAAGAGCCAGAGCAGCUGUAGAAACAUUGAAACCUGUUUUGUUCAUUCUGUGUGAAGACCUUUUUACUUUAAUGUCUUUUUUUAAAGGAAGUUAUUUCAGUCACUAGGCACUUGCUGCUAGAAAAUAAAUGCUGCUAUUCUCCUUUUCCUUCACAGCUUAUUUAUCUUAUUAAAGAGUUAUGGUAUUCUGUUAGUUUAAAACAUAUUUGCCAUAACCUGAUAGUAAGCUAUUCCUGUAUUUUGGUAAUAAGUAGUAAGUUUGGAAAUUUCAGCCAAAAAAAAAAGAUUUGUGUGGCAUUUUAAAUUCUGAAGUCUGAGACCAUCCAC